CAGCAUUUAAAACCCUUUUAGCUUUGCUUCGAUCAUGGUCAAAUCCGAAACAGACAAAGCAAAGAGAAAACGCCCUGAUCAAACCAUGGAAGAGACCUUCUCUUUGAUGCUUCAUGGUUGUAAGUUAGCUAAAGACCUUGAAUCAAACCUGGGAAAUCUGGCACACCAACCGGAGAUCCUUUCCAAGUCCUGUGAUGAUAUCGUGAAGGUUUUUGCUGCUGCGAAAGAACGGUUGAAUGCUGAUCAAGACCCCGCUUUGUUUACGCAGUUACUCCGCCAAUCCCCGAGUUCAUCACAGCAGCCGCAGCAGAGCACCGAUCCCAGCUUGCAGGAAUGGCUAAAGUAUGGUGUUAUUACACAGGCAAUGGACAUGAUUCAGCAGCAGAUUUUGGCCGGAAAAGCUCCGUUGGAAACCAACGAAAUGGGUGGAAAGAACUUGUUGGAGGGUUCUGCUUCUGCUCGAUUGAAGGGCAGCGUAGGAGCAGAGAUCCAGGCAAUGGAAUUAUCAGAUUCUGGUAGAGGCUCUUCAUCCUCAUCGCAGCGACCCCGAAGAAGCAGGAAGGAUGAUGAAGAGAAAUGCACCAUGACAGUCCCAGCUCCACAGAUGGGAAACACUGAUCUCCCACCGGAGGAUAACUUCACCUGGAGAAAAUACGGGCAGAAAGAAAUUCUGGGUUCAAGAUACCCGAGGGCAUACUACCGGUGCACACACCAGAAGCUGUACAACUGCCCCGCAAAGAAGCAAGUGCAGCGCCUGGACAACGACUUCUACACAUUUGAAGUAACAUACAUCGGUCAACAUACGUGCCACAUGUCCUCCACGGCACCGUCAAUCCCGCCACCACCCCCUCUAGAGACAGGAACACAGGACCAGAUAAUGACCCAAGCCAUGGUUAGUCAGCCUACACCAGCUUCUUCUUCCUCAGUUCCUCUAGGAAGAUGGCUCUCAAUGGAAUUCACUAGCCUUGCUUCUGCUUCAUGUGGAAGUGGUAGUGGCGGUGCAGGUGGCUCCACCGCAACAGCCCGAUACGGUCGGGAGGUUGACUAUCCGGUGGUGGCGGAUAUGGCUGAUGUAAUGUUUAAUUCAGGUAGCAGCAGCAGCAAUAGCAUGGAAUUUAUUUUUCCUUCUGUGGAAGAUAAGUGGGAGGCAGGGGACAAGAAAAAUUGAUGACAAAAAAGGACAAAGAGGAAAAUUUUGCUGCAUUUUCUAGAAGAGGAAGAAAAUGUUUUUUCACUUAUACUAUUCAUUGAUUGGCGACUAAUC